AUGCCCGGAAACGCACAGCUGAUCUCUGACAUCGAGGCCCUACUCGCGGCCGCCAAGUCCUACGAUGCCGACCAGUCGGAUCGUCCUGCCCGCCUUGAUCUAUUAGGCCGUAUAGAGGCCUUGCACUACCAAUUGGAGGAUCCAGCAGAAGCAAUGUUUCGACAGAUUACGAAUUACACCCAGACCGCGGCGGUACGAGCGCUGCUUCAGAUGGGAGUGCUGGCGAAGAUCCCACGCAAUGGAAGCAUCACCGCCAAGGAGCUGGCCUCUGGCAGCGGAAUGAAUGAGGAGGUCUUGAUUCGAUUGAUGAGGGUCCUCACUGCUACCGGAAUCAUAGAUCCAGUCGGCGAGGACGUCUAUGCCCACACCCGCUUUUCCCUGGCCUAUCUCGAUGGGGCGGAAGUCGAGUUCUUUGAGCUCUGCGUCGAUGAGGUAUCUCCCGUCGCACAGAGACUUCCAGAAUACCUGGCUACCCACGACUCGUCUUCGAUUCUGAACCCAAAGCAGUCGCCGUAUUCAUGGGCUAGUAACAGGGAGGGGAAGGUUUUCUACGAAGUCCUUCUCGAAUAUCCCGAUCGCUUGGCCAGGUUUGACAAAGCGAUGACCACACAGGAAGCUGCCCUUCCAGUACUGGGAAUGUUUCCAUUCUCCUCGCUGGCUAGUUCGAUGGAUAGGAGUGAUCCCCAACGGCCAUUUAUUGUGGACGUCGCGGGUGGAAGAGGACAAAGCUUGCUGCAAAUCAAGAAGGAGAUCGAGGCGAAUGGGACUGCCGACGUGGGGAGAAUGAUAUUGCAGGAUAGGAAACCAGUUUUAGAUGCAAUUCCAGAGGAGCAGUUACCGGGUGUCGAGAAGAUGGUCAUUAAUUUCUUUGAACCCCAGCCCGUCAAGAACGCACACGUCUACUAUCUCCGCCGCAUUCUGCAUAACUGGCAAGACAAGGAAUGCCAGGUGAUUCUAAAAAACAUUGCCGAUGCAAUGGCACCCGACUCGCGUCUUCUAAUUGGCGAGAUGGUGGUACCCGAGAAGCCCGAAGGGGUCGACAAGACUGUGUACUGGAUGGAUCUUUGCAUGCUUAUAAUUGGCGGCAAGGAGAGGUCGAAGAAGGAGUUCUCGGACUUGUUGGCUUCAGCUGGAUUGGAGCUUGUCAAGAUUUGGACAUCGAAGUCUGGCAGCCAAACUGUGAUCGAGACUCGUCUGAAGUAA